UAAACGAGAGGUAACAGCUCGACAUAAACAUGUCAUUUCCGGACUAAACUAGGGAUUGGCGCCAGGGCCCAUGUUCAAUGAAAAUCUUGGGAUUCUUCUUUGUCCAUAUUGUUGAUAACAGCGAGACUAUCGUAAGAAGAGCCGGGAGGGUAAAGUCCAGUCACCAGGGUUAGGGUAUAUUUAGAAAUUUGAUGGAGUAUAUGAUGAGUGAUUGUGCUUCGUUACCCAAAGUAAAAUACACCUCUAUCGCUAUUGAUGGAAUACCUACAAAGCAGGUCUCAAAUUUUUUAAAGAGAGAGAAUUAUCGACAUGCACAUGCACAUUUCGUCUACCACCAACUAUAUCACACGUCGAACAACCUCUAUAUUUUCGUGAUAGUACAGAUGUUUACAUGUUUUGUGAAGCACAUGGAAUACCCAAACCUCGUUUUAAAUGGAAACGUAAUGGAAUUGUGAUAACAAAAAAUGAUUUUAUGGAAUUUAGCCCAGUUUUAGGGAAUUUAACCAUUUCCAACGCCACUCAUCAUGAAGAAGGAGACUAUCAGUGUGUAGCUGAAAAUAAAUGGGGUACAAGUCUGUCCACCCCAGCACCACUUGUCUAUGCAAGAUUAGACCCAUUUAGUACAAAAACGGAUCAACAAACAUAUAAUGUUAAAGAGGGUGAGAGUGUAAGUAUAACAUGUGAGAACAUACCAGAAUCCAGACCUGAUCCCAUUUUCUCCUGGUAUCUCAAAACAAUUUUUACUGGUAAAAGUGAUGCUACAGAAAUUAAAGAAGGAGACAGCUUAGCUAUAGAUGUAAACGGGACUCUCCAUUUGCUGAACACUAAACUAGAUGAUAUUCAGUCGGAUAAAGUAUAUCUCUGCGGCGUUACAAACAAAGUACUAAACACGAUUGUUCUUGGAAGUGAAACACGUAUAACGAUGGAGGAAAAUACUCAAGUUUCAAGUACAAAACCUCAUUUACUGACGGCAACACAUGAAGUGACAGAGGUGAUUGGUAAAACUGUUGUUUUACAAUGUAUUUUCGGCGGAAGCCCUGUGUCUGAUAUCAAGUGGUUUAGCUCAUCUGGAGCGGAAUUGGUAACAGAUGGCGUGAAAUAUGACGUGGUAAAGUUCGGGCGACAACUUACGAUACAAAAUAUUGAUGAAACUGAUGAAGGGUCGUAUUCGUGCGUAGCGUCAAAUGGUGAAGCAAGAGCUAACGUUAAACUGAAUGUUACAUCUCCACCGAUUUGGAUAAAAACCAUUAUCUCUCGGCAUGCCGUGGAAGGUGAUGAUGUGACAUUUUACUGCAAGGCAAGGUCCGCCGCCGGGGAACGUCCAGUAUCAAUGACUGAGUGGUAUAUAAAUGGUGAAUCAUUAAGCUUACAGAAAGAAGCGGAAAAUGGUCGGCAGAUCGAACUCAACCCAGAUCAAACUACCCUCACUAUCAAAGGAGUUUCACGUGAUCGAGACAUUAUGUGUAUCCAGUGCCGAUUGUCGAAUAGUGUUGGCUCAAUUUUUAAAGAUGGUUUCCUGAAUGUCUUAAAACCGAUCAAAAUCUGGUCCCGACCACCGAGUACUAUUAUUUACAAUCAAGAAGAAGUGAUUGAUUUUUCUAUAAACGCUUCAACAGAUCCUAGUCGCACAAUUGACAGAAAAUGGUUCUUGAAUAACAAUGUCCUGGUGCCUUAUCAAACAUAUUUCGAAUAUGACAGUGUUACAGGGACAUUUCUAUUUAAUACGACUUUAGUGAAACCAGAAAAUUUGGAAGCCAUGAUGGGACUGUACACGUGUCAAUUAUCACAUCCAGACCAAACCGUAAACGUCACGUUCACUCUCAAAACUAACGAUACAUCGGACACAUCCGAUUCUAUGGCAGAUCUAGCAAAAACAUCUAGUAAUAUUUAUAUCAUAGGUGUAAUAUGUGGUGUUUUAAUACUGGUCUUAGCCCUUGUCGUCAUCCUCGUGCUAUGGAAACAACGUAACCCAAAGGGUGUUUAUAACUUGGGUGCUGAAGAGAAGAAGAACUACAAUCUAACACCGAUCGAUGAAUUGGAAACAGAAGAACUUCGUAUCGACAAUUGAAUACUUUGAAUGAAAGUACACGCCAGUAAUACUCUAAAUAGGUCGUAAAGCCCGUACGUCAAUAAUACUCUAACCCGAUCACAAGACCUAUACGCCAUUAAUACCCUGUCAGUAAUACGUUGCCAAGACCUGGGUCCGUAUUCAAGGUUUUCUUAAAGUUGAAUAAAAAUACUUAAAUUGUCCGCUUAACUAAGUGUGUUAUAUUAAAUCGGUAUUCAUAGGCUGUAUGUUACAUAUCCUUGGCUAUGCGAAAAACUUAAUACACUUAAAUUAUGGAAUACCCCCAAUCGCCAAAAAGCAUGAAUUUCUAACUUAUGAAAUAACCCACCACUGCCAAAAAUCACGAAUUUCUAACUUCACACGCAAGUUAUGUCCCAUUAAGAGCACUACUCACACUAAACUUGGACUGUCUGUUUACAGUUAGCUACGCUUGAGAACACACACAAAGCUAGUUGACCGACAUUUUAAUACCUAAAUCGACGAUAUAUAUAUAGUCGACAACUCAAAGUAUAAUUCGAUAAUUAUAAAAAAAAAUGCUUAUUACGCUUCAAAUUAAUAUCAUUUAGUCUGUUCUUUUCAUUUUAAAAAGCAGACAUCUUUAAUACAUUUUCUCUUUUAAUAUGAACUUAAACAAUAUAUAAUAUACAGUAGAAUCUGUAUGAGCAGCCACUCCUAUUCAGCGACAUCUCCUUGUAAGCGGUCACGAUAAAUUCCCCCCGUAGAAAUUCUGUUGUUUUAUCUCUUUAUUCAACGGUCACUCCUCUAACGCGGCCAGCGGUCACUAUUUUACUAAUAAAUUCAACAAAACAUCGCCCAUUCAACGGCCAUUGUUGAAUGAUACCAUCUUGUCGUUCUUUGUAACACCCCCGCUAACCCGGGAUUAUCUGUUAAUUAAUCUUUUGUUUUAUUAAACGACUAACCUGAUCAUUGUUUUCACGCGUAACGACACAUUAUUUGAUACUGAUUGAAUAAAAUAAAAGUACCGAGUUUUGUCACGAUCAUCUAGUAUCUCUCUUAGCGCCUCCUAUAAUAUUACAUACAGAGUUACACCCCCUGUAAAUAGGUGAUAAAAUUGGCGAUGUUUUUUGUUCAUGUGCUUUUUUGAUAAAAUAAAAUGAAUUCAUCGAUUUUCUUCACAAAAAUGGAUAAAUAUUAUCGAAUGCAUCACAAUGGUAGACAGUAGUAUCGAAGGUUGGUACAAAAUGACAAGUUUACAGAAGUUAUGUUCGAGAUUUGAGUAAAGAAUUUUCGUCCGGCGCAAGAUUCAGCGACGGCCAAAUUUACCGCUUCCAAUGCAUCCAAGCGUAAUAUUUAAUUUAUGUCGGCACAAAAAGCAACGAGAUUUUAUUAAGAGGCCACUCCCGUUAACUUAUGUCCGAGAUUUGAGUAAAGAAUUUUCGUUCGGCGCAAGAUUCAGCGACGGCCAAAUUUACCGCUUCCAAUGCAUCCAAGCGUAAUAUUUAAUUUAUGUCGGCACAAAAAGCAACGAGAUCAUAAAAUAAAUAUUUUUAUUUAUCUUUUGUGUUCUUUUAAAAUAAAUUUAUUUUUUAAAUAAACAAAUAUAUAUUUUCGUUGGA